UCGGCAAACGCGGAGCUGUUCGAGGGCCUGCUGAUGCUGCAGCACAGGGGCCAGGACAGCGCUGGCAUGGUCACCUUUGACGGCACACGCUUCUGCGAGCACAAGGACAACGGCCUUGUCAACGAUGUCUUCGACGCCCGGACUAUGAAGCAGCUCAGAGGCAACGCCGGCAUCGGCCAUGUGCGCUAUCCGACGGCGGGCUCCUCAUCGGCGCAGGAGGCGCAGCCCUUCUUCGUCAACUCCCCCCUGGGCAUGUACCUGAUCCACAACGGCAACCUGACCAACACCGAGGAGCUGCGCCGCGGCCUGGAGGGAUCGCAGUCCUUCUUCAAUCGCCACCUGCGCACCGACUCAGACUCCGAGGUGCUGCUGAAUGUGCUGGCGGACGAGGUGCAUCGCGCGCAUCAGGCCUGCCAGGUGGACGGCGCAUGCGACCCGCAGCGGGACGUGAAGCAGCUGGUGUUCCGCGCGGGCGCGGCUGCAAUGGCGUCCCUGCGCGGCGCCUACUCCUGCAUCUCCCUCAUCCGCGGCGUCGGCCUCAUCGCCUUUCGCGACCCCUUUGGCAUCAGGCCACUGGUUCUGGGCAGCCGGGAGAGGAAUGGGCGCACGGAGUGGUGCGUGGCCAGCGAGGACUGCGCCUUUGGGCCCAUCGGCUUCACCCGCGUCCGCGACGUGGCCCCCGGAGAGAUGAUCGUCAUUUCCGAGUCGGGCGAGCUGGAGUCGCAGCAGUGCGCGCCGGGGCAGACGUGCCCGUGCAUCUUCGAGUACAUCUACCUGGCGCGCCCCGACUCGGUGCUCAACGACGUCCCAGUCUACAGCUUCCAGUUAGGCCUGGGCACGCGCUUGGCAGGGCGCAUCAGGUGCGCUUUUAUAGGGUGGGACAUAGACUGCGUGGUGCCGGUGCCGGAUGGGUCGCGGCCGGCAGCCAUCCAGAUCAGCGCUGAGCUGGGUCUGCCCUACCGCGAGGGCCUCGUCAAGAACCGCUACGUAGGCCGCACCUUCAUCAUGCCCGAUCAGCACACGCGGGAGCUGAGCGUGCGGCGCAAGCUGAACGCGAUGCCUGUGGUGUUUGAGGGGCGCUCCGUGCUGCUGGUGGACGACUCCAUCGUCCGCGGCACCACCAUGUCUCAGAUCGUCGACAUGGUCCGCCGCGCCGGCGCCAAAAAGGUGUAUCUUGCAAGUGCGAGUCCCCCAGUGCGCUACCCAAAUGUCUAUGGAGUGGACAUGCCGACCAGGCACGAGUUUGUGGCCUAUGGGAAGACAGAGGAUGAGAUUUGCGCGGAGCUGGGAGCGGACGGGCUGCUGUACCAGAGCGUGGAGGACCUCAUCUCAGUUGCCAAGGACCUCAAUCCCUCCAUCAAGGAGUUUGACACCUCCUGCUUCACCGGUGAGCGCUCUGCAACUUUUUUGAGUGCGCAUGCACACGCAUGCUUGCAGGCUUUUUGGUCAUUUGCCAUAAGGCGAAUGUCCUUUACGAUCGGUCAACCUGGUACGGAUUAUCUCUAUCUUUUGCCCCUUCCCUAUGCCAUGUGGCUGCUCGUGAGACGGCCACGGCAGUUGAACGGAACGCGAGGCACAGUUUAGAGGCCUUUCAGGGGUGAUUGCCCCGUUUUUGGCCCUAGAUUAUCUCUAAAUAUCUCCCUGGCGAUUGGCUUUACGGGCCUGCGACUGGUUCUGCCCCCCAGCUCGCGUAUGACCUCGUGGCCGCCCGCGGGCGCUCCCACUUGUAGAACAUCUUGAUAGGUGAUGCGUACAGCAGCUCUGCGAGCCUUUGCGAGACAAUACCUUGUGUAGGCUGGAGAAUAGCUUAUUCCUGUCUUUGCCCUCUGCCCCCUUGGUGCAGGGGAAUAAUAAGCAGUCCACUGGAUUCACCUCGCACAAGUGUGACAUUUUUUCGACUUGAUGCACUUGUAUCCGCGCUGCCAUGCAUGCAGUGAUUGCUCCAGCAGUGCAGUGCUCAUUGAUGUCCAGAGAUGAGAUAUGUGCACAUCUGCGCGUGCAGGCAAGUACGUGACUGCUGAUGUCGGCCCUGAGUACCUGGAGUCCCUGGAGAGGUCUGUGCGCACCAAAGACCGCUCGCGCCCCGGCCGCCAAGUCUCCCUCACAGAAUCCAAUGGCGCCCUGCCGGCUGCAGCCGCCACCGCCGGCACGGCGGCUUGAGGGGGCCAAUCUUGAGGGGACCAAUCGUCGUUCGAGCUGCCAUCCUUGUGUGUGGGGAGCAUAAGGCCUUUGGGUAAGGAACUUCUAUUUGAAAAAGGUUAAGAAAUUUAGGAGGGACAACUUGUUGUGGAACAGCAGGGCUCCAGGAAGGCGGAGCAUAUUGAAAUUGCCUGCCUCCUGACUGCCAGUACUUCAGGGGGGUUUGCCACUUGCGGGAGCUCCAAAUGUGGAGCUCAGAUUGUGACAUGUACAUGUAUCGUGAGAAAGAUUGGCUGCUGUUAGUCAUUCCCCAUACUGCAGCUUGUCUGCAGACGCACCUUGCUUCUGGCAGGAAAAGCGUGUAAU